AUGGUCGGUCCACCCAUCAGCUCCCGCGAUCGCCUUCGUCACCAGCACGUCCCGCUGAUCUCGUCUCCGGACGAGGACAUAAUCCAGCAGGUGCCACUGGCGCGACCGAGGAUGCCUCCAGGUGGCCUUCUCUCACUCCGGCAGACAGAAGAACGUGUUCGUCAGGAUGAGGCGGUGUUCUGCGCAGGUGCGGAGGAGAAGCAGGCCGUUGUCGUUGGAGCCGCCGAGACCGUGGGGACCCAGCACUCCCCUCCAGGCAGUAUGGUCUGUGCCGACGCGGGCGUUGAAGUCGCCAAGGACAAUCCACUUGUCCGCCUUCGACACAGUCGCCAAGAGGGCAUGCAGGUCCUCGUAGAAUUUGUCUCUGACGGCGACGGGGUUGGUCAUCGACGGAGCGUAGGCGCUGAUGAUGGUGGCGAAUUCGCCCCCCACCCCGGAGAGGCAGACGGAGGCUCAUCAUGCGAUCGUUGA